AUGCACUCCAACGCCCAGCCACAAGACGCGCCGAUGCCGCCGCAGAUGCACGAUGCUUCGCCCUCACCCUCAUCGGCCACGUUGAUUGCACAGUGUGCUGCCAACUGCACUGCUACAGAACCCAGUCGCUUUUUCUAUUCUUCCGCUCAAUGGACAGCCGAUGGUACCUCUCUCUUAGUCGGCUCUUCCGACAGCAAAGUCUCGACCUUUGUCCUGCCAUCCAACCUGUUAGAAGCCGACACAGUUCAGCCACUGCAGCCCCAGGCCAGCAUUCAGCUACCAGAGCCCUCGCAGUGCAUCGUUUCGGCUCCCUACUUCUCUCUUUCUAAUCCAGCCACACAAACUUUUCUCGUUGGCAGUCGUGAUCACCCGCUACAGCUCUAUCAUGCUUUCCCCACUGGGUCUGAGCCUGCGCCUUUGUGUAUGUACAAGCUCAUGAGACACGAAACGGAGGCGUACAUUACACCAUCGUCCAUGCUCUGGCCGUCCCCCGGAACCCAUUUCUUCUGCGGCUCAGCAAAUCGGAUCGACUACUUCGAUGUCUCUCGCCCCGGUUCUGACGGCCCUGUUCACACAAUUCACACGAUUCCAUCCAAGAGGCAUCUUUUGAAAGGCGGCGGCGUGGGUAUGAAGGGUACCGUAUCCGCACUCUCCAACUCACCCGCGGAUGCUCCCGGCAGCGGCAUUGUAGCCGCUGGCACCUGGACACGAUGGAUGGGUCUGUACGACAUGAACCGCGCAGACAAGGCCGUGGCAAACUGGAGCAUUGCGGACGCCGAUCUUCACGAAUUUGGCAAAUCCUUUGGGGGGCAGGGUAUUAUGCAGACCAGAUGGAGCCCUUGCGGGAGAUAUCUCGUCAUCAACGAAAGGCACGCAUCCGGCCUUCUUGUCUACGAUAUUCGCGGCAACGGCAAGCUCCUAACAGUGUUGGCCGGGCGUGACUGUAGUACGCAACAGAGGCUUACGUGCGAUGCGUUUGGCAUUGCAGGGGACGGCCCUGGCUUCGAGCUGUGGGCUGGAACUGAGUCGGGAUCUGUCAAGGUCUGGGACGAGGUUGGUCUACAUUACGGUGUUGUCGACCCCAAAUGGAGCUGGGACGCGCACGAAGCUCCAAUAGGCAGCACCAUUGUCCAUCCAAGCGGCUCUGUGGUCGCUUCUUGCGCUGGCGCUUGGUGUCACCCCUCCGAAGAGGACAUUGACAGCACAGAGGGUGGUACAACCGGGAGCAGCGUCAAGACCACAAUACUCGACGGCUCCGCUAUCAAGCUGUGGUCUGUGACCAGCCAGCAAGCGUCGCAAUAA